CGGUUGCCGUCGGCAUUCUGACUCGCUUCCUUCAGAAACUAUUUAAGUGUGCGGCGCUAUGUGGCUGUUAAGUCAGAAUUCACUGCGACAGCCAACAAAAACGACCAAAAUGUGGAACAGAAAACUUCAGAAAGCCCUCAUCACGCUUUGCCUGGCAAUUCUUUUCUUUAACCCCGCCGAGUCUUUACAAAUCGGAGGUGGGUUAAAGGGUGGUUCCAUCUCAGAUCUACUUACCGUUAGUAUAAUUGGUCUGGCCCUAGGAGGGCUCCGGAAUAGGGUAAAGCAGCAUCAGUCUCAUCACCAUCAGCCCCAGGCCAGCGCCAACCAUCAGCGCCCCAUGUUCCUACCGUGGCAGGCUCCUCCUCCACCCCAGUAUCCCAUGAUGCAGCCCACGCACGUCAUCCCUUCCCUGCAUCCCCAGCUUAUCCAGCCUCAGCCUUUCUUUCAGGACAUCUCCCCCAUGUUGAUGCAACUGCAAGGGGAGCAGAUCUAUGCACCCAUGGCCACUCAUCUUGCUCCUUCCGUUCUCACUCAUCAAGCUUUAGACAACCUGCACAAGUUGGAUUCUUUGAACCUCCGGCUGUCGGAUCAGGAAUGGAAAGCGCUGGAAAGUAAAGCCAUCGAAACUCUUCUGCGAUAUUCUCCGCAGUAGAAGAGGCCCGCACUUAAUAUGUAUAUAUUUGUAAAUAAUUAGCUGGAAGAAUCAAGUGUAUAUAUAUCUGUAAAAAUGGAUGAGUAUCUCAAAAUAAAAGGUUUUUCACUUUUUGUGAAUUA